AUGGCCUCACUCGACGCACGGUUACGGGCAGUUCGAGAGAAGACAUCCGGGGAAUUAGUCGGUGCUCACAUCACGUUGAUCAAUUUCCUGCGCGGGAUGAUCGGACCUGGGUGUUUCUCUGUUCCGCUUGCCCUUAAAUAUGCUGGACUCUGGACCGGUUUCUCACUCAUUUUCAUCAUCGGUUUGAUCACGACGAUAAACAUGAGUAAACUGGUGCGAUGCUCGCAAUAUCUAUGUGCUUUAACAAAUACUGGUGCUUUAAACUACGGGAAUAUGACUGAAGAGGCGUUUAGACAGAGUUUUCCAAUCUUGAGAAAGCAUCACUGGGUGGCAAAAGCUUUUGUCAACAUUUCUUUAUUCAUUCUUCAGCUGGGCGUCUGCUCGGUCGCAUAUAUUUUUAUGGUUGAUCAUUUGAAAGAGGUUCUUGAACACAUCUGGCCGCACAUUCACAUCACCGAGAAGGAGCUGAUCCUCAUCGCUUUUCUACCAUAUUGUGCUGAAGUUUCAAUCCGAAGCUUCUGGUUAUUGAGUGCUGUGUCAGUGGUCGGGAAUCUCUUCAUGUUAAUUGCUUUGGUCAUCAUUUUUGUGAAAUUGAUUCUCACUCGAAAUAUGAUUCCCGAACUACCAGCGAUCACUGAUUUCAAUGGAGUGAUGCUAGCUGCGGGAUCAAUUCUUUAUGCUUUCGAGGGGCAAGCUGUGGUGCUUCCAAUUGAAAACAAACUUCAGCACCCUUCAGAGAUGAGCGGUUUUACCGGCGUUUUAUCAACAGGAAUGUCUCUAACAACGAUUAUUUACGCAUUUUGUGGUUUUUUUGGCUAUAUUGUUUACGGGCCAAAAGUUCAAGGAUCGAUCACGCUCAAUAUGGAUUCGUCGUCAGGAAUCGUUUUUGCUGUGAAGUGUUUACUGACGAUGAUCAUUUUUACGGGUUAUUUGCUACAGCAUUAUGUGAUUGUUGAAAUGUAUCUUCCCGAGAUGUGGACUUAUUUUAAGGGUCGUGGUUGGGGAAAGCGUUCAAUUUUCUGUGUCGAGUACGCGACUCGAUACAUUGUCGUCAUUUUAUCAAUGGGUCUGGCCUUAGCAGUGCCUGAUCUCGGUGAUAUCAUUUCAUUGAUCGGUGUUUCGAUUGGAAUGAUGUUGGCAAUGAUUGUCCCACCAUUGAUAGAGUGGGUGACUUUUCUUCCGUCUUGGCUCGAGAAACGGCAACACCGUGAAAUGUUCAUUCAAUCAUUUUUCAAUGUUUCUUUCAUCCUUAUUGGUCUCACGUUUAUCAUUUUUGGAUUGAAAUCAAAUAUUCAGAAUCUCAUGAACAAAAAC